AUGCACUCGCAAGAUGUUGCACUAAUAGCGGAAGUACGCCUUCAGAGAGUUGUUCCAUCGUUCCGCUCAAGUAAACUUUUGCAGGCUCCAAAGGGACAUUAUGUGGAAUUGAACUUCAGCUUGGAGACUUCACAUGCAACACCAUGCAUUGAUGAUAUGUAUCUUGAGGUUCGUGAUGGAUACAACAAGUCUGCCAAUCUUCUUGGUGUAUUUUGUGGAAGGGACAUUUCUGUCCAACCCAACCUGGAUAAAGUGGCCAAAAUUCAGUCCGUUCUUUCAAACCAUCUCUCAUCCCUCUGGUGCCCAGCACAAGGCGCACCGGCACCAGUCAUUGUUUGGAGAAAGAACGGCAUUGUGGUACAGAACAGUACAAGUGUCAAAUAUCAGCUGACCAUUACUGAAGAAAACAACUACAGCUGCGAGGUGAAGAGGCAGGAUGGUUUUGACAAGAAAGAAAUCAGUCUUGUUAUGGAAAGGUGCCCUGAUCCCUGCAGAUGUGAAACUGCGGUUGGAAUCAUGCGUGCAGUUACCCGCAUUGAAUGUAGGGGAAAACAUUUACAGUCAGUUCCACGACACUUGCCCCUCUCGACAGCGAAAUUGAACCUGAAAUACAACCAAAUAAAGGAACUACCACCUGAAGUCUUCCAAAACAACACCGAGUUGGCCGUUCUGAUCUUAGGAGGAAACCAGAUAGAGGGGCUACAAUUGGGAGUCUUUAGUAACAACAAGAAGUUGACCCACUUGGACUUGAAUAACAACUGGAUAAAUGAGCUACCACCUGGAGUCUUCAAUAAUAACAUUGAGUUGAUCGAACUGAACCUGAAAUACAACCAAAUAAAGGAACUACCACCUGAAGUCUUCCAAAACAACACCGAGUUGGCCGUUCUGAUCUUAAGAGGAAACCAGAUAGAGGGGCUACAAGUGGGAGUCUUCAGUAACAACAAGAAGUUGACCCACUUACAACUUAACGACAACGACCAAACAGAGUUACCAGAGGGUUUGUUUGAUGGUUUAAGAGCAUUGACACGCCUAUGGCUGCAAAAUAACGGAAUCAGGAAGCUUUCUAAACACGUUUUCAAAGAUUUGACUAGUUUGGAAGAGCUGGAUCUGUCUAAUAAUAAGGUUGAGAAUCUGCCUCAAGACGUCUUUAGCAACCUAACAACUCUCAAAAACCUGUUUUUAUCCAAAAACCAAAUUGGAGAAUUACCAUCAACGAUAUUUGUUAACCUGACCAAGCUUAAGGCAUUAAAAAUAGAGAAAAAUAAUUUAAUAAAGCUCCAUCCAAAACAAUUUCGCGGACUGGCACAGCUGUCUGAGCUCCAUCUGUCGGGAAACAAAUUCAGAAAUUUGCCACAAGGAAUUUUUAAAGGCCUAAAGGAGCUUGAGAUUCUAGAACUCUUUGACAACGAAUUGAGGAAUGUUUCCAUCAACAACUUCAACGAAAUCAGGCAGUUAAAAAUUCUAUAUUUGCAUUAUAACUACAUGAGGGAGAUUCCCUACGGAUUUUUUAAAGAGUUGAAGGAUAUAUUACGAGUGAGUUUGGACACAAAUCUGAUGUGUUGUCAUAUGCACAAGGAGGACGCUGAAUGUGCUUUCAUUGAUAACGACGACUUUGCCAACUGUGAGAGCAUGUUUAAGAAUUCUGCCCCGAGAAAGAGUAUCUGGGCGAUAGGAAUCUUUUCUCUGGUUGGUGCAGUGUUUGUUAUCACGUGGCGAGUAAUCUUUAAAGAAAAGAACGUGGUACAGUCUAUCAUGUUGCUCCACUUAGCAGUGUCCGAUGGUUUGAUGGGUAUUUACCUGGUCUCUCUUGGCACUAAAGAUCUGUUGUGGAGAGGAGAGUAUUACUUGCAUGACUUCCAGUGGAGGUCUGGUUUGUCUUGUCAAAUAAUUGGAGCGAUCUCCCUCUUGUCAAGUGAGGUGUCGGUUAUGAUGAUGACUCUGAUAUCUGCUGAUCGGCUUAAAAAUAUUGUGUUUCCUUAUCAGGGUGCUUCUCUGAAACCAAAGGCAACACAUAUCCUAUGCAUCAUCAUAUGGGCAAUUGGCUUCCUUAUGGCCUUUUUGCCCAUGUUUGGUAUUCAGUAUUUUGAAGACCCUUUCAGGUACCAUAGUUAUUAUGGUAGAAGUGUGGUAUGUCUGCCCUUGCAGCUUACUUCUGAUAAGCCGGCAGGUUGGGAGUAUUCUGUCGCUAUCUUUCUCGCUUUGAAUUUUGCUUUUUUCUUGUUCAUCAUGGGUGCUUAUCUCAUGAUACUAGUCAAGUCUUACUUGUCUAGCCGGCGACUGGCCCGUCAGGGUACUGAAAGAGAGAUCCAGGCCAGAAGAGCAAACUUUAGGAGGGAAACGGCUCUUGCAAGGCGGGUGUUUUUCAUCAUCCUGAGUGAUUGUGUGUGCUGGAUGCCGGUGAUAGUGAUUGGUAUGAGGACCAUCAUCGAGAAGUCUUACAAAGCGCAAGGAGACCUCGCUGUCUGGAUUGCUGUGUUUGCCCUUCCGAUCAACUCGGCCUUGAAUCCUAUCCUGUACACCUUUUCAACAGAACAGGUCAGAGGCAUUCUGAAGAACAAAAUGGAAAAAGUUUGGAACUACUUGAAGACCGUUUUCACCUGCUGUGGUCGUGAUCAGGAAGGAGAUGGGGAGCAACCGAACCAACAGGGAAUAGAAGACAACGAACAACAAGGCGGCGAGGGAGGCCAAGGAGAGGGAGAGCAAGUGAACCAGCACGGAAUGGAAGACAAUCAAGAACAUGGCGGCGAUGGAGGAGAAAUUGAGGGUGAAGAAAUUGAACUGGCAAGUGUUGGUGUGAAUCAUCCACAACAAGGCCAAGGAGAUGGAGAACAACUGAACCAACAGGGCAUGGAAGACAUUGAACAACAUGGCGGCUUGGGAGGGGAAGUCGAGGGUGUAGUUAUCGAAGUGGCAAAUGUUGAUGUGCGUCAUUCACAACAGGGAGGACUUGAUGAAGCCGAAAGAAUCGAACCGGCACCUAUUGGGUAUGCUGAUCCAAAUCAAGGAAAACGGAACCAGAGUUUGAAAAAAGGAGACGAUAAAUUCAGGCAUUCCACCGAAAAGAAACGAGGGAAAAAAUCAAGAUUUUCAACGCGUCGAAAGUCACCUUCGGCUACCGAAGCUGUCCUUGAAGAACACACUUUUGAAGAGGACACAAAACU